UAAACAGAGCAAACACACCGAGCUGCUCCUCUUCCUCUUCCUCCUCCUCCUCCUCACAGCUGAAGAUGGCGGACCCGGCCGAGUGCACCAUCAAAGUCAUGUGCCGUUUUCGGCCUUUAAACAGUUCGGAGGUGAUGAGGGGAGACAAAUACAUCCCCAAAUUUCAAGGAGAAGAUAGUGUGGUCGUUGGGGGAAGGCCGUAUGUGUUUGAUCGAGUGUUUCAGUCUAACACUUCUCAGGAGCAGGUUUACAAUGAUUGUGCUCAGAAGAUAGUUAAAGAUGUGCUUGAGGGUUAUAACGGUACAAUAUUUGCUUAUGGACAAACCUCUUCUGGAAAAACACACACCAUGGAGGGGAACCUGCACGAUCCAGACGGCAUGGGCAUUAUUCCGCGGAUCGUCCAGGAUAUAUUCAACUACAUUUACUCCAUGGAUGAAAACCUGGAAUUCCAUAUCAAGGUCUCCUAUUUUGAGAUUUACCUGGACAAGAUCAGGGAUUUGCUGGAUGUAUCUAAGACCAACCUGUCUGUACAUGAAGACAAGAACAGAGUUCCUUAUGUAAAGGGUUGUACUGAACGGUUUGUGUGUAGUCCGGACGAAGUGAUGGACACCAUUGAUGAAGGCAAAUCCAACAGACAUGUGGCUGUCACAAACAUGAACGAGCACAGCUCCAGGAGUCACAGUAUCUUCCUGAUAAACGUCAAGCAAGAGAACACGCAGACGGAGCAGAAACUGAGCGGGAAACUCUUCCUGGUGGAUUUAGCAGGAAGCGAGAAGGUCAGUAAAACCGGAGCAGAGGGUGCUGUGUUGGAUGAAGCCAAAAACAUUAACAAAUCUCUUUCCGCUCUGGGAAACGUCAUCUCUGCUCUGGCUGAAGGAUCGACGUACGUUCCCUACAGAGACAGUAAGAUGACGAGGAUCUUGCAGGAUUCUCUGGGUGGAAACUGCAGGACAACUAUAGUGAUCUGCUGCUCUCCAUCCUCCUUCAACGAGGCCGAGACCAAAACUACGCUCAUGUUCGGACAGAGAGCAAAGACCAUCAAGAACACAGUGUGUGUGAAUGUGGAGCUGACAGCUGAGCAGUGGAAGAAGAAAUAUGAGAAGGAGAAAGAGAAGAACAAGACGCUUAAGAACACCAUCACCUGGCUGGAGAACGAGCUCAACCGCUGGAGGAACGGUGAGAGCGUACCCAUUGAGGAGCAGUACGAUAAGGAGAAGGCAAAUGCAGAUGUGCUGGCCCUGGAUAAUGUGAUCAAUAAUGAAAAAAUCACCUCGUCUCCCAGUGUGCCCGGCCUUAAAUUGACUGAUGCUGAGCGUGAGAAGUGUGAGGCUGAACUGGCCAAACUCUACAAACAGCUGGAUGACAAGGAUGACGAGAUAAAUCAGCAGUCUCAGCUGGCUGAGAAACUCAAGCAGCAGAUGUUGGAUCAGGAAGAGCUGCUGGUCUCAACGCGAAGGGACCAUGACAACCUGCAGGCGGAGCUCACCCGUCUUCAGAUGGAGAACGAGGCGUCUAAAGAGGAGGUGAAGGAGGUGCUGCAGGCCUUGGAGGAGCUCGCAGUCAACUAUGAUCAGAAGAGUCAGGAGGUGGAGGACAAGACCAAGGAGUUUGAAACCCUGAAUGAAGAGCUCAACCAGAAAUCUAGCGUUCUUGCAUCUAUCGACUCUGAGCUGCAGAAACUGAAGGAAAUGACCAAUCAUCAGAAGAAGAGAGUCACCGAGAUGAUGUCAUCACUGCUUAAAGACCUGGCAGAGAUCGGCAUCGCCAUAGGGAGCAAUGACAUUAAGCAUGAAGGCGGAGGUCUCAUUGAUGAAGAGUUCACCGUGGCUCGUCUGUACAUCAGUAAGAUGAAGUCGGAGGUGAAGACUCUGGUGAAGCGCAGCAAACAGCUGGAAAGCGCUCAGGGCGAGAGCAACAAGAAGAUGGAUGAGAACGAGAAGGAGCUCGCGGCCUGCCAGCUCCGUAUCUCUCAGUAUGAGGCAAAGAUCAAGUCCCUGACGGAGUAUCUGCAGAACAUCGAACAGAAGAAGAGACAGCUAGAGGAGAACGUCGACUCUCUCAAUGAGGAACUGGUCAAAAUCAGUGCACAGGAAAAAGUUCAUGCCAUGGAGAAGGAGAAUGAGAUACAGAGUGCUAAUGAAGUCAAGGUUGCAGUUGAGCAGCAGAUCCAGAACCACAGAGAAGCUCAUCAGAAACAGCUGAGCAGCCUGAGAGAUGAGCUGGAGACCAAGGAGAAACUCAUCACUGAACUGCAGGAUCAGAACCAGAAGAUCAUGUUGGAGCAGGAGCGCUUGAAGGUGGAGCACGAGAAACUCAAAAACACCGACCAGGAGAAAAGCCGCAAACUGCACGAGCUGACGGUGAUGCAGGACAGAAGGGAACAGGCCAGACAGGAUCUCAAAGGCCUGGAGGAGACAGUGGCCAAAGAGCUGCAGACUCUUCAUAACCUGAGGAAACUCUUUGUUCAGGAUCUGGCCACACGGGUGAAGAAGAGCGCUGAGAUGGACUCCGAUGACACUGGCGGCAGUGCGGCACAAAAACAGAAGAUCUCAUUCCUGGAGAACAACCUUGAGCAGCUCACUAAAGUGCACAAGCAGCUGGUGCGUGAUAACGCUGACCUGCGCUGUGAGCUGCCCAAACUGGAGAAGCGCCUGCGGGCCACGGCGGAGCGUGUGAAGGCUCUGGAGUCUGCGCUCAAAGAGGCCAAAGAGAACGCAGCCCGUGACCGCAAACGCUACCAACAGGAGGUGGACCGCAUCAAAGAGGCCGUCAGAGCCAAGAACAUGGCCCGCAGAGGACACUCCGCACAGAUCGCCAAGCCAAUCAGACCAGGUCAGCCCCCUGUCGCCUCUCCCACUCACCCCAAUGUCAACCGCUCAGGGGCGGGGCUCUUCCCGAACAACCAAUCAGUGGGUAUCCGGGGUGGAGGUGGAGUCAAACAGUAAAAUAACUGUUGAAUGCUGAAUUUAACUCCAGUAGCCCCAGCUGAAGCUGAUAUCACCCCAAAAAGCUGAACAGGCAUUCCACAGCACGGGAGGGUUCAAUACUAUUCAUAUGAAAGUGAAUAUAAGUAUAUAUAUAUAUGUGUAUGAAACAUGAAAUACUAUCCCCGUCUGGGCUGUACAGUUGUUCCCCCGUUCUUAUCUCUCAUAUCUUCCCUUUAAAAAUAUAAAGAUAAUGGAAAAAAAAAGACAGGCUUUUUGCACCAGUGGAAACGUGUGUAACUAGCGUGUAUCUCUUCACUCUUGCACAGUAGGUUUCUGCUCACAUCCUGCUCUCCACGUCCCUCACUGUGCCAAGUUGAAUGUAUUAGGCAGAAAUGAAUGAAAAAUUAAAAGAAAAAAAAAAUCUAGCUGCAUUAAUUUAGCCUUAUUUAUCUACGCUCACAUUUUGGGUUUGUUUAGAGAGUUAGCUUGUUCUCUCUUGCUUUGAACAUUUCAACUAAAGUAAAACACUACACAUGAACUGUAUAUAUGAACCACUGAGCUAGUUUUUGUAAUGAUGGACAUGUUCAGAAGAAAGAUUUAAAUUAUGAUGAAAGUAGAUGAAAGGCGUCUGAAAGUAAACAAACAAGAUGCAGUUCCAUGAAAAUGAGAACAUAAAGGCUGCUUAAUGUAGAUUGACCUGAGCUGCAGAUAUAUUUGAAGCACUGUACGAAGUACGAACACAUAAUGAGUAAUCACUGUUACAGCGUAAAGACCUGUGUGUACAUGUAUGCCACAUCCUGAGCUCUUAGAGGAGUUCAGUCACAUGCUCAUUUUGACAUUUCAAUAUUUAACUUCAGUUCUCACAGUCUAGGCAGGUAGAGUUUCUGCUCCGUAGCUCAGUCACUACAAAUCAUUAAUAAUCAUGUGUGUGGAUUUCUCUUCUUAGUUUUAUCUACCAUACCAUUUUAUCUUCUUCUAUUGUUUUUUGGUAGGCAGUUUAUUAGACCCAACAAUGAAAAAUGCAUUCACUCUCAUUUUGUUCCAAACGUGUUUGAUUCUUUCAUGAAACACUAAAGGAUAUCAAAAUGUUCAUGCUGCUUUUUGAAAUGAAAAUGGAUGAGGAUGGACAAUUUCAAGCUCCAGAGAGGACAAGAAGUCCAUUAUGACUUGUGCCACUUCUGAAGUCAAACAACCGCAAAUUGAAGUCAUUAUUCACUUCAAAUCUUGCCCUCCUUGAUCAUUCGAUUGAGACAUAAUAGCAUAUUUGGUGUCAUUGAAUCACAAUAUUUUAGUUAAAACGUAAAUGCAAAUGAGAUGUCAAGAUUUUCACUGGUUGUCAUACUUUAAGCUGCUUUUUAUGUUUCCGGUGCUCCUUUUUUAAUCCUUGUUUUCGUUUUAUGGAAAGAGAACGUCUUUAUUGACAGAUAAAUGAAAUGGAUAAAGGUUUGGGAUGACAUGAGAGUGAGUAAAUGAUGACAGAAGUUUCAUUUUUGGGUGAACCAAGCCGUGUUAAGGGAUUCUUGAAUGUGGAAAUGAUCACAUCCCACCCUCUCCUUCAUAGACGCCCUGUUAAAGCAAUACAGUUUUGUAGUUUGUUUUACAUUAUUAAAUAGAGUUUGUAUAGUGUCGUUUUUUGUUUUUUUUUUUGGAGUGAGGUUUGUGCAGUGGUCAAACAGCCACUGAAGUUACAAUAUACCUAUACUCUUUUUAGAGUCUUUUCCUUUUAUUUGAUUUGAGUUGUUUUAGUUGGUAUGGUUUAGUCCAUUAUAGGGUCCAUAUUUUGAUAGUCUGCAUUUUGGAAAUGGCAAUUGGUUUGAGCAUUGCAAGCAACCCAGGGAAACCCACACAACAAAAGUUCUGGCUCACACAACCAAAAUAUGACUGUGGAUUUUCUGUUGGGGUUGAUUUUGCGUUUGCUUAUUUAGACCUGCUGAAUGGCUCUCUACAGUUCAUACUGUUUCAGUGCUUUUCAUUCAGCACAACGUUACUGCCUUUCAUUGUCUAGUGUUAAUGGGUGGGGCCUAUUUAGUGGUGGGUGGGGUUUAUUUAAUCAAUUUAGGUCAUGUUCUCAUUUUGUUGGUAGAUAAUACUGUUUUAUUUAUUUGUUUUAUUAUAGACUAGUGAUUUUGCUGUUCAUUUUCUUUUGUUGUUUUUUUUUUUAAGUAUACAAAUGUCUUUUUUUUUUUCUUAUGAUAAGUAUAUAUAGAUUCCAGUGUACUUGGUUUCCAUUGUCCUUUGUCAGAUCCUACUAGUGUCUUGUGUUAAUGACUGUAGUACUGUAGUAGCAGGGGGAUAUAGAUGGCGUUUUAAGACCCUUUGUGUGCAAUAUGAAUCUGGUGUAGUGCAAGGUUUGCAGUACUGAAGAAAAGCAACGGAGAGGAAAUCACUCAACUGUCCUCCAGUUUUAUUUUAUUGUUAAUGCUCAUUUGUCUAACGGUUGUCAUGUUUGCCAAAUUGCAUCUUUUAAAAGCACUUUAAAAUGUUACCAUCUCAAUUGAAAAACGCACUUAUUGAAAACUGAAAAUUUGCAUCUCAAACAUCAAAUUCCUCACUGAGUUUUAUAAUUUUUGUUAAGGAGGUUGCAUUUUGUAGACUGUCAAUGUUGUUGUUUUGUAUUUUGUUUUGCCUUGAAUCUGCAUUUUUAACCGUUGCUGGGGAAAACACUCCGUUUAAAAGUCUCUAAUGGAAAGAUGUAAUGAUGAUCAGAUGUGUGUACAGCUGGUUCUACAGAUUGUGUCGAUUGAAUUGCUGUGUAUAUGUCGUUCAGUUGCUUACUGUAGACAAGUUUUCACCCCUUGACAUAAAACACAAAUAAAGUAUAGGGUAAAACACA